CUACUUGCCUAAGCAGUAUGCACACCAACUUUCAAGAUCAAACCCACAUGAAAAACAAUACCAUAUAAUUAACCAUUUCUUGAACCCUAUAUACUUUCACAAAUCUUCAGACACCGUAGAGAACCAUGAGGGCUGGAGGCUACACAAUCCAACACACACUAACACCCGCAGCCGCUACUGUUGUAAAACAAGCUCUUGGCCUUGCUAGACGAAGAGGCCAUGCUCAGGUCACCCCUCUCCAUGUUGCUAGCGCGAUGCUGGCAUCACCAACAAGCCUCCUCAGGAAGGCUUGUUUGCAACCCAACUCUCACCCUCUUCAUUGCAAAGCUCUCGAGCUUUGCUUCAAUGUUGCCUUGAAUCGCCUCCCUACUUCUCAGUCUAGCCCUAUCAUGAUAAACCCUACUCAAUCUCACCACCCUUCUCUUUCUAACGCGUUGGUGGCAGCCUUCAAGCGUGCACAGGCUCACCAACGCCGUGGUUCUAUUGAAAACCAACAACAACCCAUUUUAGCUCUUAAAGUAGAGAUAGAACAACUCAUUAUAUCCAUCUUGGAUGAUCCUAGUGUGAGUAGAGUCAUGCGAGAAGCCGGUUUUUCUAGCACCCAAGUCAAAAGCAACAUUGAGCAAAUGGAGAUAUCUAUUUCUUCCCCUAAUCCCGUUAGUUUUUCUCAAUCAAAAGAGAACAUCAAGCCCAAAUCUUUAGCCAAAGUCCAAGAUGAAGAUGUGAUGAGUGCUAUACAAAUGAUGACGAAUAGAAAGAGAAAGAAUAUUGUUGUUAUAAGAGAGUGCCUAGCUAGUGCUGAUGCUAUAGUUAGAGGAGUUAUAGACAAAUUCGAAACCGAAAACAAUAUCAAUUUGAGGUUCAUGCAAUUUGUAAGCCUUCCUUUACACUCACUUAAUCAUCUUUCAAGGGAAGAUAUUGAAGAUAAAGUUAGAGAACUUAGGUGUCUCGUAAAAAGCUUCGUAGGUAGAGGAGUAAUUCUUUACUUAGGUGAUCUCCAAUGGGUUUCGGAUUACUGGUCAAACCACAGCGAGCGGAAGCUAAACCGAAGCUACUACUACUCUGCAAUGGAGCAUAUGAUCAUGGAGCUUAGUGGACUCAUGUUUGGUGUUGAUAGUGGGAAGUUGUGGUUGAUGGGGAUUGCUAAUUCUCAAACAUACAUGAGGUGCAAAACAGGUCACCCUUCACUCGAAACACUAUGGGAUCUUUGUCCGUUUACACUUCCUGUUGCUAGCUUGGACCUCACCCUCAAUCUUGAAAGCAAUAAAGAUUCAGGAAAUGAGAUGAAAAUGCUCACAUGUUGUGGUGAGUGUUCAGUUAACUUUUCGCGAGAGGCUGCUCGAACCAUAAGUAGCUAUAGUCGCACCAAUCAUGUAUCCAUGACUACUACUACAACUGGAUCCACUUUGCCUUCAUGGCUCCAGCAAUACAAAGAAGAGAACUCAAGACAGACCACCAAUGAUGAGGGUUGUGAAAAAGUUGCGAAUCUUUGCAAGAAAUGGAACUCAAUAUGUAGUUCACUUCACAAACAGCCCAUGGCUUCUUCACCAAAUUUGCACCCACACCAUCUCACAUGGCCCGUGAUUUUUGAAACCAACAGAUCCCCGAAAGAACACCAGUUCUUCAACGGUGUUGAUCAAUGUUUCGAGGAGCCCAAUCCGAAAACAUUCAUGCCUGAACUCUUAUCGAAUCCAAAUUCCAGUCCAAAUUCGGCUUCAUGUAGUGAAGCUAGUGAAGAUGACGAUCAUGGUGAUCAAUACUACUUGCACAAGUUCAAAGAAGUGAAUUCUGAGAAUUUAAACAUUCUAAGCAGUGCAAUGGAAAGAGUUGUACCAUGGCAAAGAGAGGUGAUUCCCGAAAUAGCAAGUACAGUACUUCAAUGCAGGUCAGGUGGAAUGGAAAGAGAAGGAAAAGAAGAAACAUGGUUAUCUUUCUUGGGUGCUGACAACCAUGGGAAAGAUAAGAUUUCAAGAGAGUUAGCCAAGAUUGUAUUUGGAUCAAGAAACAACAUCGUUCACAUUGGCAUUAGUAGGUUCUCAGCAACACGAGCCGAUUCCACAGAUGACGAUCAAGAAUUCAUUAGCAACAAAAGGGCGAGAGAUGAACAUGGCCAAAGUUAUCUCGAAAGAUUUGCUGAAGCUGUACAAGAAAAGGCGAACCGUGUGUUCUAUAUGGAAGAUGUAGAGCAGGUUGAUUACCAUUCGCAAAUAGGCAUCAAGAAAGCAAUCAAGACUGGCGUAAUCACACUAAACGGUGACCAAACAGUUCCUCUCAAAGACGCCAUUGUCAUUUUCAGCUGUGAAAAUUUCAAUUCAAUUUCACGAGCAUGUUCUCCUAGCCUAAAGCGAAAAUACAGUGACAACGAUCAAGAAGAAACCAUUGAGGACUUUGGAAAGGAUGCCACCAUUAGUUUGGACUUGAAUGUUGCUACAGAAGAUCAUAAAAGAUCAAAUGAACAUGGCUCAGUUUCUGAUAUUGGGAUUUUGGAUUUAGUUGAUAAGCAAGUACUUUUUAAACUCCAGAUGUUNUAAUAAG